UCCACUUUUGCCGCACUCACUCACUCACGCACUCGGAGCAUCCGAUACUCGGCCAGUGCGUCAUACGCGGUGUCGGCGGCGGCCAUGCCGCUCUCGCUGCCGUCUUCGGCGGCCGUGGUCAAGGCGCUGCCGCGGGCGCUCUCGCUCACGGCCGCGGCCGUCGCGGCGGCCACCACGUCCCUCCUCCUCAUCUCCGCCGUCGUCUCCCGCACCCACCACGUCGCCUCCUCCUCGGCGCCUCCGCUUCCCCCGUACGCCAGCGCGUCCACGACCGCCCCCCAAGCCCCGGCGCCCGCGCCCGCGCCCGCGCCCGACCCCGACCACCACCACCACCCCCCGCCUCCCCCGCCCGUUCCCCCGUGCCCGCCCAACGCCACCCACCUCGUCCCCUGCCACGAGUCCCCCUCCGGGGAGCGCCACUGCCCCACGCGCCCGCCGCCUCCUCCGCACCCGCCCAAGGACCCCCCGCCGCAUCAACCGCACCCUCCACCGCCCCCGCCGCACUGCCGCGUCCCGCCGCCGCCCGGGUACCGCCCGCCCCCGCCGUGGCCUGCGCGGCGCGAGCGCGCGCGGUACGCGAACGUGGACCUCCCGCUGCGGAUGUCCUCGGCCAAGCUGGCGGGCCAGGACCCCGUCCGCGGUCGCGGGGAGUGGCUGGUGUUCACCAAGGGCAAGGGGGUACGGAAUUACGUCGACCAGCUGGCGCGCGUGGUGCCGCUCCGCGGCGGCGUGGUGCGCACGGCGCUCGACAUCGGCUGCGGGGUUGCGAGCUUUGGGGACUACCUGCUGAACUAUGGAGUACUGACCAUGUCCAUUGCUCGUGGAGCACAAGCGCAGCUCGCGUUGGAGCGUGGACUGCCUGCCAUGAUCGGAGCGCUUGUUGCUCACAGGCUGCCAUAUCCAUCGAGGUCCUUCGAUAUGGUGCACUGUGCGGACUGCCUUGUUCCAUGGGCUGCUCAUGAUGGGCUCUAUAUGCUGGAAAUCGACCGGCUUCUCCAACCCGGUGGCUAUUGGGUCUUCUCUAGGCCACCCGUCAGCUGGAAAUCUGCAUACAAUAUUUCGAAUCAAGCGACUGAAGAUGAGGACAAGCAAUUAACCAUGGAUGAUAUGGCAAAUAAGCUUAAUUGGACGAAGCUGUCUGAGAACGGCACGAUUUCUGUUUGGAGAAAGCCUACUUGUCAUCUCCACUGUGACCAAGAAGCAAAAUUCUUAGGAUCGCCACCACUCUGUAGAGAAGACCCAGAUAGUGCCUGGUAUGCGAAUAUUUCAAUGUGUAUAUCAUGUCUUCCAAGAGCUGAACUUGUUAAUGUUUGUGCUGGUGGUGUCAUAGAAAAGUGGCCUAAAAGACUUGAUGCAGUGCCACCGAGGAUAACCAGUGGGGAAAUGAAGUGGUUGUCCAUUCAGACAUAUAAGCAGGACAGUUUGAUUUGGGAGAAAAGGGUUAAUUUCUAUGUAACAUAUCUAAAAUAUCUAUCUAAUGGAACUUACAGAAAUGUCAUGGAUAUGAGUGCUGGUUUUGGUGGCUUUGCUGCUGCUAUGUCCAAGUAUCCUGUUUGGGUCAUGAAUGUCGUUCCUACUAAUGUAACAGACAAUACUCUUGGUGUCAUCUAUGAGCGUGGACUGAUUGGAACAUACACAGACUGGUGCGAGGCCUUCUCUACUUAUCCGCGGACAUAUGAUCUAAUACAUGCUAAUGGGAUCUUCAGUUCACAUAUUCACAAAUGUGCGAUUAUUGACAUCCUGGUUGAGAUGGAUCGCAUUCUCCGGCCAGGGGGCGCCGCUAUUGUUCGGGACAGAGCUGAUGUCGUUCACAAAGUCAAGAAGGAUGCUGACCGCCUACGAUGGCAUAGCCGAAUCGUUGACACUGAAAAUGGGCCCCUGGAUCCUGAGAAGCUUCUCAUCGUGGACAAUUCCCCACCACUCCCAGGGAGCUAAAGCAAGCAGCAAAGAACCAGGGUCAGCAAGCCCUUCAUGUUCAUGACAACAAGUUCUACGGUCUUCUCAUGUUUCAAAAAGUGGGCUGAGAUCUCACUACCUGUACAGAUGAAGAAUAUACAGACGACCAGGGUGUUAUUACCUGUACAGAUGAAGGGUAUAACGCUAUUCUACAGUCAGAGAUUCAGAAUUACAGAGUACAAAUGAAGGGUAUAACGCUAUUCUACAGUCAGAUUCAGAACUACAGAGUACAGAUCCUCGUAUGACCAGUGCAAUAUAUUUUGAGCCACUGACUCCGCUGGAUGCCAUUUCUUCGUUCCAAUAUCCAGUAUGCAGCUUGAUUUCUUAAGCUCUGACGACUAGCUGUGCAGCUGGAACCCAGCAAAUCUCGAUUCUGUAUAGCCGCACAUUGACUGUACAUGUGUAUAGCAGCUGUACAUAUCUUGUGAGUGGUGAUGUACAUGCGAGAGGAGUUUAGACUAUUCUGUUUCUGAAUUUGCCUUGGUUUGGUCGCUAAGCAACCUACAGGUUGUACUGCAUCGUGUAGAAAAAGGUAGGAGCUUGAUUGGCAGCUGCCAGAUUUCACCUGGUCCUUGUAACUUUCCGAGUUCAGACUAUGGGGUACCGGACGUGCUGUUCCUGUUUCCGUUUGAUUGGGGUGUUGUCCAAGCAAAGUGAAGCGCGGGGCAGGUCGAGUCUGGACAUGAUUUUCUCACGGCAUAAUCAUAAUGGCAGUUAUUAUUGCCGCGUGGAGGUCGUCUCCUCCGGCACCGAAAGUA